AGUCCAGAGUGCAGCACUCUACCGGUCGACACAGACAGAGGCCCCAAUCAUUCAGCUUACUGUCGGGCUAUUUUCCAACCAUCGAAGUAUGAGAGCAAACUACUACAUCAAUACAGUAAAAUUGCUUUGUUGUGCAUGUGUAACAUAGAACGAAGUUGCUCCAAGUCGGUGAAAGUGGAAUAACUUUGCAAUACGAUCAGAGGAUGAUGAAUGCGCCUGUAGAGCUCCUUUUGCUGGCAUGUUUGAUUCUAACCACAGGUUUGACUUUGGGAACAAACCAACACAUGGAAUUUACUUUGCUAUUACCUGCUGCCAGCACAGAGUGUUUUUACCAAACCAGCAUGAGCAACGACAGCAUGGAAGUUGAAUACCAGGUGAUAGCUGGGUCAGGUCUGGAUGUUGACUUUGUCCUCAUUUCACCUAGCGGAUACCGGCUGGUCUCUGACUUCAGGAGACCUGAUGGCAUUCACAUUGUGGAUUCCACAGAGGAUGGAGACUACCGGUUGUGUUUCGACAACAGUUUUAGUAAACUGUCAGUGAAGAUUGUGUUCUUUAAGGUGAUCUUGAAUAGUCGAAGCAGUGCAGGCGGAGGCCGAGACGAGUGGGCGGACAUGGCCACGACAGACAGCAUGGUGGACUACAAACUCAAGGACAUCAGGGCAAGGAUGGAUUCAGUGUACCUGCAUCUGGAAAGGAGCCGCCAGGUCCAGACAGCACUGCGGGCCUUUGAGGCGAGGGACCGCUACCUUCUUGAGGACAACCUGUGGCGAGUGUCCUUCUGGUCCUGCAUCAACCUGCUUGUCAUGCUUGCCGUUGCUGUCACUCAGGUCUACACCCUGCAACGCCUCUUUGAUAACACCAAGGGGGUGCGCACAUAGCAGCAAAAGAACCUCCAGCCUAGAGGGUGCAGAACCUGAAUCUGUUCACACUUGAAAGUACGACCCAAAAAUCCUGGACUGACAUGAUCUGAAUUUAAAGGGAUAGCUCACACUUCAAAAACGCAUUAUUCAUGCACUGGGGACUUUUUCACUGCACCCAAAAAGUGUUUGUUUUGAUGUUUUGUGAAACUAUUAGAGACAUACCAACACCUGGAAAUCACAUUUACACAACCAUGACAGUCAUACACAAGGAAACAAACUGUAUAUGCAUAAAAUAUUCAUGAAUACACAC